AUGGCUGCAACCACACUCUCCAAUUCCUUCUCCCCAGACGCCAAGUCCACCGCCGUUAUCAUUCCAAGCAAACCGCAAGCUCUUACAGUCUCGUACGAACAGCUUUCUGCAGAGAUCUUUUCCUUCCAGAAGAAACUUGCAAAGCUCGGUGUUACACCACAAGCGGCCGUCUCGAUUGCCCUCCCAAAUACCUACGAAUUUAUCGUUGCAUUUCUUGCAAGUUCUUGGCAAAGAGGCAUUGCUGCUCCUCUCAAUGCGGCAUAUAAGCAGGAGGAAUUCGAAUUUUACAUUGAUGACUUAAAAUCAGCUGUUGCUCUCGUGCCCAAGGGCUCUUUUCAACAAGAUGGACCUGCUGUACGGGCCGCCAGGAAAUACAAGGCUGCAAUUGCAGAAUGCUAUUGGAACGGGAGAGAAGUGGUGCUGGAUGUCAAGGAUGAAGGGAAGUUGAAGGGCAAGGGAAACCAGGCUGUUGAAAAGGCACAGCCAGAUGAUAUCGCUCUGGUCCUGCAUACCUCUGGCACAACGGGGCGACCAAAGGCAGUGCCAUUGACCCACAAGAAUCUCACGCGGACAAUGAAGAACAUCAAGGCAACAUACAACCUCACUCCCGAGGAUCGUACUAUGCUCGUCAUGCCCCUUUUCCACGUUCACGGUUUGCUCGCUGGAUUCCUCGCCCCUCUAUAUUCAGGCGGCUCCGUAAUUGUACCACCGAAAUUCAGCGCCUCUGAAUUCUGGGACGACUUUAUAACCUACAAGGCAAAUUGGUAUACUGCCGUCCCCACAAUCCACCAGAUCCUCCUCAAGAAUCCACCUCCUCACACCAAGCCUAAGAUCCGUUUCAUCAGAUCUUGCUCUUCGCCCUUAUCGCCUACUACUUUCCACCAGCUCGAAGAAACAUACAACGCGCCAGUACUAGAGGCAUACGCAAUGACAGAAGCAGCCCACCAAAUGACCUCCAACCCUCUCCCACCCGGAAAGCGCCAACCUGGUUCCGUAGGCAUUGGCCAAGGCGUCGAAAUCGCCAUCUUGGACCAAAGCGGAAAGGAAGUUCCUCAAGGCUCGGAAGCAGAGAUCUGUAUCCGCGGCGAGAACGUAACUUCAGGAUAUCUCAACAAUCCCGAAGCCAACAAGACCGCUUUUACCUCUUCUGGCUUCUUCCGCACGGGAGACCAGGGCAAGAUGGAUAAGGACGGCUAUGUGAUUAUCACUGGUAGGAUAAAGGAAUUGAUCAAUAAGGGUGGCGAGAAGAUCAGUCCAAUUGAACUAGACAAUGUAUUGGCACGGCAUCCAAGCGUGAGCGAGGCGGUUAGUUUCGCGAUACCGGAUGAGAUGUUUGGGCAAGAUGUCGGCGUUGCUAUUGUAUUGAAGAGCGGGGCGAAGCUUGGGGAGGGGGAGCUGAGGUCUUGGGUUUCUGAGAAAGUAGCCAAGUUCAAGGUGCCGAAGAAGAUCUACUUUACAGACAACAUGCCCAAGACGGCCACGGGCAAGAUUCAGCGCCGUAUCGUAGCAGACACGAUGAUAAAGCAGGAGAAGCCAAAGCCCAAACUGUAA